GGGUCGAAAUGUGGAUGAUUGAUUAUUGAAAGAAUGAGUAUUUUUCAUUAGGCUAGCUACUAUGUGCGGAUACCUUUUCGAUAUAAUCCUAAACCCAUUCAAAACUGCCACCCAAUUUAGAUUCGACAUGCUAGCUUUUAGGCUAACAGGCAAUGUAAUCUAUUAUAGGCUAUAUAAAAUACACAAAACCCCUUUUUCCCCCUCAAUCAAAUGGGUAUAACUGCCGCAGCAUACAACCUCAAAAUGAAGUUAUGACUACUUACAUGCUGAGUUGAUGACGAAUAUUACGACCAGCAGUGCAGUGGAGGCAUGCAAAUACCCUUUCGUACGCAAACCCAUUCUUGCAGAGAGACGCACAAAAGCGAAGCCCCCUCUUGAAGCAAGCACUUCUGGGCCACUUCAGGACACGGGUUGAGCAGACAGCGCAGGAUCUCUGCUCCUCAAAAGGAAAACGUAAAAUGUGUCAAUUUCUUUUCAAACGUUCUCGUAGAUUACGGUCGUGCCACCUGUUGCUUGGCUAUGCCCAGAAAUUCUACCAAUACUUCUCAUCAAACAAGUCGUUUAAUUAAACGGAAGACGGCGACCAAAAACACGAUAGGCUACCUGACUCUCUGACGCCUCAAAGAAUCUGAACAAUGCAGGAACAAGAUCUACUUUUUAUCAAAACUGACUUAAAAAGAGAACUCCUUGGCAGUCAACCGACACUUGGGCACAAGGCUUAGACUGCGGUCUGUGGAAAUAUGACAUUCUACGAUGGCAUUUACCCGUUCUACCCCAAACAAAUAACUCCAUUCAUCUUCAGUCUCGACCUACUGACAUGCAUCCUGGUCUUCCUAGUUUUAGCCACUACUUUCAUCAUUGUUCUUCCAGGGAUACGCGGCAGAGCUAGACUUUUCUGGAUGUUCAGAAUGAUCCUCAGUUUAUUCAUAGGUGUAGUGAUAGUUGCUGUCAACUUCACAAGUGACUGGGCUGCUGCCAACCUGAAGGCAAACACCACUUACAAGUCGUUCAGCAGCGAGUUUGUGAGCGCUGAGGUGGGACUGCACGUAGGACUGUCGGGGAUCAACGUCACUCUAAAAGGUGACCCGUUGGAGCAGUUGAACGAGACUAUAGACUACAAUGAGGUGUUCAGAUGGACAGACGUUUUGGACAGUGACUACACUGAAGCCCUGGAGAGGGGGCUCCCCAACCCCAUCCUGUACAUCGCCGAAAAGUUCACCGUCAACAGCCCCUGUGGCCUCUACUUCCAGUACAGAUACUCUGGCCUAUACGCGUCCGCCACCAUGUGGACCGCAUUCUGCUGCUGGCUGGUUGCUAACAUCCUCUUUAGCCUCCCAGUCAUCCUCUACGCUGGCUACAUGAUGGUUGCCACGGGGACCUUCAUCUUCUUCUCGCUGGCCUCCUUCGCCACCAUACACAACAUCCCAGCAUGCACCUUCACCAUAGGGACUGUUUCCGUUCAGAUCCAGUUCAGCACCUCGUUCUGGUUGUCCCUAGCUACGGGUGUGCUGUGCUUUCUUAUUGGUGCAGUGGUGGUUAUACUGGACAGUCUGAUGCCAGAGAAGAUGAGAGAAGCCUUCAGCAUGGAUGCAGAUGAUUUGGAGGAGGACUUUUAUUUGGGAGAAGGAUACAUGAAUGCCACUUUUGUGGAUGAAGUGAUCACUCCACCACCAGUAACCAUAGUCGAGAUGCAGGGAAAAGAUGUCCGUCUAUAAACAUACAUUUUAAAACUCAAUACAGCUUGACAUGCACAGUGGAAGAAUAUUGGGUCAUUUGUUGCCAGUCCACUGUUGCUUCAAGACCAUAGGAUCUGCACUAUCCAUGAAUGAGAAAUCAUUUCCAUUCAGUGUGUAAAGAUGAAUGUAAAUAAUGUAUUAUAUUCUUAAUGGGAACAAUAAAGUUUCUUUUAAAA